CUUGUAUAUUCAUAAUUGAUAUAGGAAAUGUAGAUGUACCUCGGCGAUGUUCUAGAGUCGUAUAUAUGUAAAGUAGUAGAAGGGUACUUCACGCAGAGAAUGUGAAAUGAACAGGGGAAUUUUCCUCGUCCUUGUGGCCUUUGCUGUAUACGGUACAGAUGCCGGGAGACGGAAACGAGAUUUGACCCAGUUCAGUCAGAUGAUCUACUCGACAACUGGCCGCGAUCCAUUUGAUUUCAGCGACUAUGGGAAUUGGUGCGGUCUUGGCGGAAACGGAAGUGUAGUAGACGCCAUUGAUGAAUGCUGUUUUCAUCAUGAUAAUUGCUAUGACGUCAUCAUUGGAAACCCCAAAUGUGGAAGUGUUUACACAAUCAAAUACAACUUCAAUAUCAGCAAAGGGGAAAUCGAGUGUCGUGACGAACGUCCCUGUGAGAGGGCGCUGUGUAACUGUGACAGAACGGCAUCACUAUGUUUCCAUGCCAACCGAAAGGCUUACAACACGACGAAGAAAGGAAUGCUGGCGAAACUCAUGUCAAAGUUAACAGAGGGGUUCUACGCAAAAACAGAUUCCAGUGCCAGCGGAAGGAUGGAAAUGAAAAUAAAAAUCGGAAAUGAUACAUAAUGAUAACAUGGAUAUGAUGUUAUGAAUAAAAAAAAAUAUUAAUUUAUACAAA